CUCAACUCCGGCUGCAGUUUGACGGUAGCGCGGGGAGCCCCCUUGUCCCCUGCGGGUGACUCCUCGACCAUGCGACAGUGGUGCCUUCCUGCUGUGGCUCCACGCGCAGAACCGCUCCCAACGGGCCGAUUAUCACCUCAAAUAUCAGAUGUCAGGAUGGAGUGUUGUGAUGUGGAGCCGCGGUAUACCAUUGAACAGAUCGACCUGCUCCAGCGUUUAAGGCUGUCCGGGAUGACCAAACCUCAGAUCAUUCAAGCCCUCGAGUCUUUAGAGAGGCUUGAUCCAGACCAUCGUGUCCCAUGCUGCAACAAUCACUCGGCCCCACCCAGCGCCCCUACCUCCGCAGCCCCUGCUGCCCCCUCGUCCUCCUCCUCUUCCUCCUCCUCUCUUACCUCAGCCACCACACAGACCCCUGUCAUAGAUGCUGCAUUAUCACCCAGCAACAGCUACGAUGCCUCGCCUCCACCCCUAUACCCACCCAGCGGAGUUCAGAGGUCGUUUAGUUACGACUUGGCAGAAGAGGACUGGGAUCUGGAGGAGAAGGUGGAGGAAUACAUGAGGAGAGACAGUAACCUUGUGAAAGAAGAGAUAAAAGCUUUUCUCAAUAACAGAAGGAUCUCACAGGCAAUUGUUGGACAAGUCACAGGUAUCAGUCAGAGCUACAUCUCCCAGUGGCUUCUGCAGCAGGGGCUUGAGAUGAGCGACUCCAAACGCAGGGCAUUCUAUCGCUGGUACCUGCUGGAGCGUAACAGCCCAGGAAUCAGAUGGAGUGAAAACCAGCAUGCUCAGGUCCCCAGGAGCAGGACUGACACCCCCUGGAAUAGGCAGAGAGAACUGCUGAUGCACCUCCUCCCCUGGUACUCUGCUCACCAAGCCCAGUCAGGCACCACAUUGUCCAUGCGUUCCCUGGUUAAAGAGGAGCCCGACUGGAGGUUGGCUGCAAGCCCCGCUGACAGGGCAGCGGUUGGGCCUUUUAGACUGCGCAGAGGUAGUCGCUUCACCUGGAGAAAAGAGUGCCAGUCAAUCAUGGAGAGUUUCUUUAUUGAGAAUCAGUAUCCUGAUGAGGCCAAAAGAGAGGAAAUUGCCAAUGCCUGUAAUGCUGUCAUUCAAAAACCUGGAUGCAAACUGUCAGAAUUUGAACGAGUCACUGCGCUCAAAGUGUACAACUGGUUUGCCAAUCGGAGGAAGGAGAUGAAGAGACGUGCCAACAUAGAGGCUGCCAUACUAGAGAGCCAUGGGAUAGAGGUGCCGAGCCCCAGCUGCCACUCCAACAGCGAAGAGAUUGAGACUCAGGAGUUUGGAGAUCAAGUCAUGAGCCAGCGUUUCUCUGAGCAGGUUGAGGAUCUCUCCCAGAGAAAAGACAUUGAGCCAGAAGGUGCCAUGCUACCUCCUGUGGAAGUGGUGUCUCUUCCAAGCCCGGCCUCUCAACUCAUGGAGCGGAAACUGGAUGAAUCUAAAAGAGAGGCUAUUGAUGACGAUUAAGCGAUGAGCCGAGUCACACUUUUGUUCCAAAGUGGCUUGACGUGGUUGUUUACAGCCAAGCCUGACACACUAAAUUCUCUGGUGCCUCUAGUGGUAGGGAGGCCACUCUAUGUAUCUACAGUAAUCACGCUUGUAGUAACGGCAAUAUUUACUCUAUAUAGUAUAUUGUGCAUUCCAAGACCGUCUUAACGCUUCCCGCGAGAGGGAAAGAUGCAUAAGGUGCAAACUAGUAACUUUCUUAUCAUGCUAAAACUGUUUUCUUUCAUUUCUCAUAUACUGCAGUUUCACCAUGGUAUUAUCUCGUGCGAGCAGUCUAGGGAAACCUGCAGGACAGGUGUUUAAUUUGACAGAAGGGGCGCACUGAACCCAGUUAGGAGUCUGUGUGAAUUUUAGGAGCUGAACAGUCUCUUAGUUGUCAUAUGCAAUAGUUAAAGGACAAGAUGGGACAUACACCCCUGAUAGAUACACAAACUCAGGUAGAACCAAACUUGGCAGUUGAAUGAGAAGAUCCGUUUUCACCAUCAUGGAAAUCAAGUGUUUCUCACAAUAAUGGUUCAUUGUGUAGAAAUGUGACUUGUCAAGCUUACCAAACUGUACAUAUUAUUUUUCACUUCUUCUUUUUUUUUUUUUUUUUUCAGGUGUAAUCUGAAAGUAAUAUUCAGAUGAUCAUGGCUCUGUUUUUGUAUACUCAAAGCUCUUUGUAUCCAGCCACUUAAGCUAUACUGACCCUGAUUAGUGUGAGGGGUCUAAAAUGCUUCAAAAGUUUCCCCCGUUAAGUAUUAUUUGCUAUAAGCAUCCUUUACUUACCUCUUUAAUAAGGUAAUGCAGUAUGUAAAACUACAAGUAUAUCAGCAUCUAAUGCAACAAGCUGCUUUUCAAUGAAUUGAUAUAUACAGUUUGAUUUUCUGCAUCUUAACGAAAGCCAAAGCUCGGCUAAGUUAUAAAACAAUGCAUUUUACAUGAACGUUGUCAAAUGGACUAAACGACUGCUUACGGCACAUCAACGUGCGUCGGUGAGAAAUGCUUUGAUCGUGUAAAGGCUUUAAGCUGUCCAGUAUUAUUAUUUUGGCCUAUUGGCUCUGUACACACACAGAAUAUGAUGCUGCACGCUAUCAAGGCCCCCUUACUGUGCUUUUUUUCCUAAUGACAAAACAAUAAAAUGAAUAGACAAAUGUA